CUACAUCCUUGUUGUGCGGCACGCCCGGAAGUGAACAUCAGUGGAGCCGGAAGCACGUAGGUAUGUGCUUCCGGCUGGACUAGGUAGCCUACAAAGCAUGCACUUGUGUCAUAGCGCAGCAGUAUAGAAGGCAAAGAAACCAACGGAUUCCUCGUUACAUCUAUCUUAGCCCUAUUCCACACAUUCUAGUCCUUUCACAACAUCUCGUGUUGGAGCUCGAUCAAAGAAGCAUGCCUUUCGGCCAGCUCGCCGUCACCAACGCCCCUAUCCCGCAGGACAACCCUCCCAUCCGCGGCCUGGUGCCGGACGUGCUCGAGGUCGACGACGAACCCCUCGUAACAGCUACCUUACUCCGCUACGGCACCGGCCCCAGCGGCCCCUUCAACGAGCUGAUCCACACAGUCGAAGCCCGCUACCGCGGCACCACCUACGCCUCCUGCCUGUCGCUGCUUCUGGACCUCGAGGCGGGCGUGCUGGCCGGCAGAGAGCCCUUCGGCUUCCCAAAGCGCCUGGGCGCCGUCUCGCUCACGCCCAGCGCGCCACACGCAGCGACGGGCCGCGUGGAGCGCCCCGCGGGCCACCCGCUCGCCGAGUUCCGCUUCCAAGGCACGGCGCAGCAGAGCCCGCCACGAGCGCUCGACAAGCCGUUUCUGAACCUCCGGGUUAUCCCGUCGCCGGUUGCGGGCGCGCCGGCGUCGGUCAAGGAGCUGGUGCCGUGUGCUUUUGAGAUCCGGCCGGCGGAGGUCUGGGACGGGGUUGGGGAGCUGGUGUUUCCGGAUGGGUGUCCGCAGGCGGAAUCGCUGAAUAGGGUGGAGGUGCUAAGGUACGAGGGCUCGACGUUGGCGUAUGGGGCGCGUUGUGUGCUGCGUGCCGCGGAGGAGGUGUUUCAGUUGUAA